AUGGGCUUCUUUGUACGGUUUAUCCUGAUGUUCCUUUUUUGUAUUAAAUCAGUCAUUUCGUAUGCACUAUAACAAGUAAAAACAGGUUGUUUGCCUGUUUACAGUAGGAUACUAACAAUCCCCCUGCAGCUGCAGACUGGUGUUUAUAGACUUAGAGUUUGUACACAGCACCUGAGUCCACGUAGUUCUUUUUUGCACAGCUCGCCAUUCUAAACCCAGCUGGGCACAGCAAUGUAGUAGGUAGGUGCAGUGUGUGGAAGCUGCAAACGAGUAGGCCCUUUAUUCACUGAUUUCUUUCCCCAAAUAAUGUAUUUUAAAUCUACAUGUACCUAUUUUUUUUUUCCCUGAAACUUCAACUGAGCUGCUGUUUUCUUCCAUGCAAUAUUGUAUACUCAAUUGUGUAUAGAAGAAGCUGGUAAGAGUGCCCUCCUACAUAAAUAAGCAAUUGCAGUGUUUGCAUGCAAAAUUUUAAAAAUUUAAAUUGUCCUGAUUCUAUUUUGUAAAUGGAGAAACAAUCAUAUCUUUCUAAGCAGUAAUGGAGAAAGACUAGUGCUUUGUGCAUUUUGAUAUAUUUGAGUUCAUUUUUCCACAAUGUCAUACUUUUGACACAAUUGGGUUUCUCAUAAGUAUCCUAGUUCAUGUACAUCCGAAUGCUAAAUAAUACUGUGUUUCAGUUUUGUGUUGCAAGAACAAAUGGAAUAAACUUGAAUUGUGCUACAGCUAA